CGCCGAGCGUAUCGUAUCCGGCGUCUCGGUCGCCGGGAGAGAGGAGGGCCUUGGGAGAGCCGCGCGAGACUUCUCCCGCCGUCAUGUCUCUCUCUUUCUCCUCUUCUGCGCGUUGCUUGGUUGGGCGCGGUGUCUCCGCGUAUCUUUUUCCUGCGCCUCCAUCGUUUUUCUCGUCUUCUGCUCCUCGAUUCGGCCACCGUCGGCCUCGCUCUUUGUUUUUUCGGUGUGAAAAAAGGGGAGACGCGAACCUCUCUCCGUGUGUGGUUCUCGCUCAAGUUCAAGACCCAGCAGGGUCCAGUCCGCGAGUAGUGGGAGAGAGAGAGAGCGGUCGCGGGCAGCUCCUGGACGGAGGGGGGUAGUAGAGACGUCUUGUACGUCUCUCUUUUUCUGCGCUUUGCAUGUGUCGUCUGCUCGCGGAGUCGUCGCGGCCAGGGAAACGAGAAAAAUCGCGUUUCCUCCCGGAGAAAAAUUCUAAAAACGCGUCGGUGUCUCGGAGUGUCUGUCCGCCUUUCCUCACCACACCCGCUGUUUCGCGGCGCCUUCGCUUCCGCGGCCAGACGAUCGUCGAGGCCUUCAAUGAGUUUUUCCCUGCUCGUUUCGUGUCUUCGAUCGCCGCCAUUCCGACCUCGCUUUCUGUGGGGUUCUCCUCGCGCCUGUCGCCGCGUUCCAGAGGCUCGCUCGCCUUCGCGUCUUCUUUUUUCUGCCCAGCGUCGUCUCCCCUUCUCGCCGCGCGGUCCCCGUUUCUCCACCAUGGCGUCUGGACGUCGCGCUGAGAAAGGUACGGUGGCGGCUCUCGCCACGGAGGAGAAGAUUGGAGACCCGCAUUUCCAGGUUUCGGAAAACUCCCCGUUUCUCCAGAAGCGUCUCCAAGUCUUCGAAGACCUCUACGAGAAACAGACUCGGCGCCUGAAAGAAAAACCGAGAAGAGAAAUUUCCAUCGAGCUCCCUGACGGAUCCAAGAAGAGCGGCACAGCGUUCGAAACGAGUCCGUACGACGUCGCCCUGCAAAUCUCCAAAGGUCUUGCCGAAGCCUCUCUCGUUGCUAAGGUUUUGUACGAACAGCCGAGCGCGGAGUCGGAGGCCAUCACGGCCGCAGACGACGAAGAGGAAGAGGAGGCAGAAUGUCCCUGCGGCGAGCAUGCAGAGGAGUCUCCCGCAGAAAAGUGGAUUCUCUACGACAUGAAACGUCCCCUCGAAGGCUCCUGCAGAUUGCAGCUUCUCAAGUUCGACUCCGACGAGGCGAAGCAUGUCUUUUGGCACUCCAGCGCUCACAUUCUCGGGCAGGCGAUCGAAGCGACGUUCGGGGCACAGCUGACGGUCGGUCCGGCGCUGACGAACGGCUUUUACUACGAUGCGUACAUGGGAGAUGCAAAGGUCACGGAGGAGAGUUACGGACGUCUCGAAGCAGCUGCUGCGGCAGUGAUCAAGGAAGACCAGGCGUUUCGUCGCCUGGUCUGUUCGAAGGCCGAGGCGUUGGAGUUGUUUGCCGACAAUCCUUUCAAAGUGCAGUUGAUUGCGAGCAAGAUUCCGGAGCACGGCUUGACGACGGUGUACUGCUGCGGGUCGCUGGUGGAUCUUUGCCGCGGCCCUCACAUCCCGUCGACCGGCAAGGUGAAGGCCUUCCAGGUGAUCAAACACUCUGCGUCGUACUGGCUAGGUCGCCAGCACCUGGACUCUCUCCAGCGGGUGUACGGCGUCUCGUUCCCGGACAAAAAGUUGCUGAAGGACUAUCUGAAGCUGCUCGAGGAGGCGAAGAAACGCGAUCACCGGGUGCUCGGGCAGAACCUGCACCUGUUCUUCUUCGACACGAACGUCUCGCCCGGCAGUUGCUUCUGGCUGCCUGACGGCGCGAAAGUCUACAACAAGUUGUGCAUGUUCAUGCGCGAAGAGUACCGCUUCCGCGGCUUCCAAGAAGUGAUUUCGCCAAACAUCUUCAGCUGCGACCUGUGGAAGGUGUCUGGUCACUACCAAAACUACAAGGAGAACAUGUACUUGUUCGACGUGGAGGGCAAGGAGUGGGGACUGAAGCCGAUGAACUGUCCUGGACACUGCAUCAUGUUCAAGCAUUUGGCGCCUUCGUAUCGGCAGUUGCCGCUGCGUCUCGCGGACUUUGGCGUCCUCCACCGCAACGAGCUGUCCGGGAGCUUGACGGGUCUGACGCGCGUGAGGCGGUUCCAGCAAGACGACGCUCACAUCUUCUGUCGCCUGGACCAGGUCAAGGAGGAGGUCGCGGACGCGCUGAACUUCCUCUUCUUUGUCUACGACCAGUUCGGCUUCUCGUUCGAACUCUUCCUCUCGACGCGACCUAAGAAGGCGCUCGGCGAGCGCGCGGUUUGGGACUCUGCGGAGGCCGCCUUGAAGGCCGCCCUCGAGGAAACAGGCCGCCCAUGGCAACUGAAUCCUGGAGACGGCGCGUUCUACGGACCGAAAAUCGACAUUCGCCUCUGGGAUGCGCUGAAGCGCCCUCACCAGUGUGGAACGAUUCAACUCGACUUCCAGCUGCCGAUUCGCUUCAACUUGCAGUACCGCACGCAGGACGAGGCGGUCGCGGGCGCGCGCGACAAAGCUAAGGAAGACAAGGAGACGGGGGAGAAGCGAACAGACAGCGAGCACGAGCAGAAGGAAGAAGAAGCCUUCGGAGUCGAACUGCCUCUGAGGCCUGGCAUGGCUCGACCAGUCAUCAUCCAUCGAGCCAUUCUCGGAUCAAUCGAACGCAUGUGCGCCGUCGUCAUCGAACACACCGGCGGCAAAUUGCCCUUCUGGCUGUCGCCCAAACAGUGCAUUGUCCUCCCCAUCUCAGACAAAGUCAACGACUACGCCGCGUCCGUCAGGGAUGUCCUCCACAGCUGUGGAUAUGAGGUCGGCCUCGAUGUCUCCAACAACACCGUCAACAAGAAAAUUCGAGAAGCACAACUGCAGCAGUGGAACUACCUCCUUGUUGUCGGAGAAAAGGAACGUGCAGACAAGACAGUGACUGUGCGAGAUCGGGCUGACCCCGAACAUCAGAAAGUUCUCUCCAUGGAGGACUUGCUGACGCUUUUCGAGAAACAAGGCAUGCCCAACUCGAGAAAAACACUCACGCUGGACGCGUGGAAGAAGAGUCAGCAGUAAAAGAUCUGUGCAAGCUCGCGGAGAGCCUGGCGUCGCGAUGACCGCCGGUGCCCGAGUUCUUCCGUCGACUCGCAUUUUCGAGUUCGACCGGAACGGAGACUGUCUUUGACGAGUAGAGAGCCCGGGCGCAAACUCGGGCUUGCCUCUGUGCGCUGUGAGUUUCCGGAAGAGGCGUAGCAUGUAUCUCGAGUUUCUUUGUACGUACAGUUACACGGUAAACAUGGAAAGCAUGUAAAGGAGCGUGUCUGCAUGCACCGGUGUAUUCUGUUGUCGGUGCCGUUAGUGCGUCGGCGUCCGGCUGUCUCCCGUGCAUGUUUUUAGUGAAACCAUUGUUGCAGGAGCCGGCCGCCCUCUGUCGGCAAGAACGCGAAUUUCAGCGUUUCUCGGUUUUCGUCCAGAAACAAAGCUGCCGUUCCCCGUAGGAGUCUUGGAGUUGUCAAGGGGAUGCUUGUAACGCAACGCCUCACAUCAAACGGCUGUAUUUUUCGUGUGGUGACUUUGACUCGCGCCGGCCGCUCUGCCCAACAGAACGGACGCUGUCGGAGAUCCGCUGCGCUCGAGAAAGCAACGCGAAUCCAGGUGGCAUCCUUAAGAGACGCAACGCAAGCGAGAGGCGAUUCUCCAACACAGGAUUCACAGGCGUUUUAGACACGAUUCACUUACGGUGACGCCUGAAUAGACAUCCACACGAUAGAACACCUUCACGCAUGUGGCGGUUGGUUUCUUGCAGACAGGCAGAAAAGGAAGCAGCAGGGAAGUCAUGGGUGAGCGCUGGAGCCCUGGAAGUGGUUGACUGGAAAGCUGACUUCGUGGCCAACUUGCGAAGGUCUCGGGGUGAGAAAGUGCUGCGAUGCAGCCGGGAGCAUUCCUGCAAAGGCUGUGAAACAAUAUCACCGCGCCGAACACCGCUUCCUCUCGACCGAAAAAAAAACGAACAGAAACUCUCGUGCGCAAGAGAAAAGGCAUGUCCCGUUCUUUCUGUGUCGUCAUGUGGACUUUCCACGUGUUCCCUUGAGCCCCGGUGCACAGUAGGCAUGCAUGCCGCCGGGGAUUAAAGCGACCGAUUUGAUGCUCCAAUGUCGCCUACGAGAUUUUGUGUCGAGACGGAAGUCGGGAGUUUCGUCAGAUUUUCGCCUCUGCGUUAAACCUUAGAUUCAAUGCACGCACUCUGACACGUGAGCUCGAGUCGUCUCGACUCCCUUUUCAGCGGUGAACGCACCACAUCCACGAGUUUUCUGUUCGGAAUUGUUAGCUCGCAUAUUUGCCAAGU